AUGAGUCUCAAUCAAAUUCAUUCUCAAAUAGAGAUGCAACUUGCACUGUCUGAAAUCAUUGCAGGAACCUAUGAUAAUUUUAUGAAAACUCACGUGGACGAUAUUCCUAACAAAGUAAUACAGGCUCGACUUACAACCCUUAAAGAUGUCUGGGAGCGCUUCUCUGCCAAACACAGGGCUGUUGGCAUUGCCGUGGCAGGUUUGGGUCCUGAUGAAAAACGGGAGAUCCAAUCGCAUUCUUAUUUUACUUCCAACAUGUUUACGUCAACCUACGACCAUUACACCACCUGCUACGAGCGGUUGACCGCCUUGCUUGAUGAGGACCAGGGAGGCGCUUCUAGUACGUCGUCAUCUCAAUUGACAGCCUCGGCCUCUUCUGGCCUGCCAGCCUUUUUUCACCAAACCAGGCUCCCGCGGUUUGAUUUACCAAAGUUCAACGGCGCUCCUUCAGAGUGGCUGCCUUUCAAAGAUCUGUUUUGUUCACUAGUAAUUAACGAUGCCUCGUUGUCACCAGUUGAAAAGUUGCAAUAUUUAAAGACAAGCUUAACUGGCUCUGCCGCAUCCCUAUUAAAGAACACGACCAUACAAGCGGAGAACUUUCAGAAGUCAUGGGAUGCCUUAAUCGCGUUUUACGAAAACAAACGGGUAUUAGUUCAUGCUGCCUUAAAUUCAUUGUUCUCCAUAAGACGCAUGGUGAAGGAAUCGGCUGGUGAAUUGGAAAAAUUGUAUACCCUCGUAUUACAAAUUUAUAGAACUCUCGAGAGCCUAGAGCGUCCGGUUUACUAUUGGGACGAUUUUCUUAUUUUUUGUAUUGUGGAACGUCUAGAUGCGGAGUCUGUAAAGGCGUGGGAACAGCGAUUGGGCUCCACUAAAGAGCCUCCCACGUGGACUCAGUUCACAGAUUUUCUUGUGUCACAUCUUAUGACAUUGAAAGCAUACGAAGGGUCCUGCAACACUAAAAUUGACCUUCGUUCCAAGGGCUCUGCCAAAUCACACUAUCAUGGGCAAUCCAAGAGUACUUCUGACAUUAGCGGAAGAACGUGUGGAAUUUGCUCAAAGGAGCAUCUCAUUUCAUAUUGCCCACAAUAUACAAAUAAAACAGUGCAGCAACGAUUAGCAAUCGUUAAGAAACACAAACGUUGCUACAAUUGUCUCGGUACUCACAUGCUGCACCGCUGCCAAUCCAUUAAGCGCUGCCUGAAGUGCGCUGGGAAGCACCACACCUCUCUUCAUCGGGCACGCCCCAAAGAGGACUCGCUCGCGCCGGCUGCGACUGGCGAGUCUCCAGCCAUUACAACAGGCGAGUCUCCCGCCACUGCAACAGGCGAAUCUCCAGCCACCACUAGCGCACAUGAUGCAAAGGUCUUACACGCGGCCGUCAAUCACUCGACAUUGGUUACUAAUAUUUUGUUGGCAACGGCCCGCGUUGAGAUAACUGCUCGAAAUGGGAGAACCUCUCAAACAAGGGUACUGAUUGACCAAAGGUCUGAGGUAUCGCUGAUCACCGAACGUCUUGCACAAAGAUUACGCUUAACACGUACCAGGUCUCAAAUCCCUCUUGUAGGGAUCGGUGCUCAACAAACUACCCGAACAAAUGGCCUCGCCACAUUCAUUGUGGCGCCGCACUUUGACUCUCGAUUCAGGUGUACAGUCAACGCUCACAUCUUACCUAAAUUGACUACGUCUCUCCCUUCAGCCAAAAUCGAGCCACAUCAAUGGCAGCAUCUGAACGGUCUAAACUUAGCCGAUCCGAACUACCAAUCCCCAGGUCCCAUCGACCUGAUACUGGGAGCUGACGUUUACGUUCAUCUUAUUGAAGAAGGUGUAAUCAAGGGGCCAGAGGGCACUCCGAUUACACAGCACACCAAGUUAGGCUGGAUUGUCUCUGGGCCUGUAAACAAUAACGCUCAGCCUUCAGUCGCAUACGCUUACCAUGUUUCUCAUGAUAACGAACUUUGCGACUUACUUCGACAGUUCUGGACAUUAGAAGAGUGUCCUUCAAGCAAACAAUCCCCGCUUUCCUUGGAGGAGCAGGAAUGUGAAAACUAUUUCACUACCACUUACUCUAGAGAUAUACACGGCCGAUAUAUUGUAAAACUCCCCUUUAAGAAGUCCCCAAGCCUUCUUGGAGAUUCAUUUACGAAGGCAGUGGGAGCAGUGAACAGAUUUUUCAGACAAUUUGACCGCAAUCCGGAAUACGCCCAAGCUUACUCGGAGUUUAUCUCUGAGUAUGCAAGGCUGCAACAUAUGCAGCUGGUGAGUGAUGAUGGUGCACUGCCGCCUCAUUCAUACUAUCUUCCACAUCAUGGGGUAUGGAAGGAGCACAGUUCUACAACCAAAUUGAGAGUAGUAUUUAAUGGAUCCAGUCCCACGAACACGGGACACUCAUUGAAUGAUGUUCUUUACACUGGACAUAAAUUGCAAAACGAUCUGUUUGACGUCUUGACAUGGUUUCGACUGUUUCGAUACGCCUUUUCCACUGACGUCGAAAAAAUGUAUCGACAAAUCCGAGUACACUCAGAUCACUGGCCAUACCAGAGGAUCUUAUGGAAACUCCCCGAACAGGGUCUUUGCACCUAUGCACUAACCACAGUAACCUAUGGACUCGCAUGCUCCCCUUAUCUUUCCUUACGAGUCUUUCUUCAGCUACUAGAGGACGAAGGGCCACGCCACCCGUUGGCGAUCCCUGCACUUAAGAAAGGACGAUAUGUUGAUGACAUAUUCGGCGGAUCUGACACCAUUAAAGGAGCUACGGAAAUCACCCGCCAACUGACCAACCUCUGCAUGGCGGGCGGCUUUCCACUCCAAAAAUGGAUAAGUAAUCAUCCAGCAGUGCUCAAAGCCAUUCCGGAGGAUAAACAAGUCUCUAUUACGCCAGUUAAUAUCGACGAAAAUUUCGUCAUUCAUACACUCGGUCUGAGUUGGCAACCCGUUGAAGAUACCUUUCAGUUUUCUUUGAAACCGCCUGAUACAUCUUCGGUUACCAAACGAACCAUUUUAUCAACUAUCGCAAGACUGUUCGACCCUCUUGGAUUUCUAUCGCCAGUUAUCAUUACGGCCAAAAUACUGAUGCAGGAGCUCUGGACCUUAAAGUUAGACUGGGAUGAUCCGUUACCUGAAUUCGUGAAUGAGCAAUGGGUGACUUUUGUUCAGAAUCUGCAUGACUUGCAACGUUUGUCGUUUCCCCGCUGGGUGGGUUAUUAUUCAGGUUGCUCAGCCGAGAUUCAUGGAUUCUGCGAUGCCUCUCAGAAGGCGAUUGCAGCAGUAGUAUACCUUCGAGUCAUCAAUGAGCAGGAGGGGGUACGAAUCACCAUGGUGGCCUCGAAAACAAAGCUCGUGUUUCAUCUGCUGAGUACGCUUGACUUUGAGGGCAUACCAAUCUAUUUGUGGACGGACUCCUCUAUUACCUACCUGUGGAUAUCCAACCAUCCGUCGCGAUGGAAGGACUUCGUGCAUAAUCGAGUCUGCCUUAUACAAGAUACUCUUCCCCAAGCUCGGUGGAAAUUCGUGCCAGGUAAUGAAAAUCCUGCAGAUUUAGCGACCAGAGGUUUGACGCCAAUUCAAUUAUCUGAACUUACUCUUUGGUGGAAGGGUCCUCACUGGCUAUCCCGGCCUUCUUCAGAAUGGCCCACCCUGACGCAAUCACCUACUCCUCACACUCCUCUAGAAGAAAGACCUGUCAAAGCUAACGUGGUCCGUGAGACGCCUGAGUUGUGGGAUUUGGUAUUUAAGUAUUCUAGUUUGACGAGACUUCUGAGGAUUACCGCCUUCUGCCAACGAGCCGUGUCUUAUUUCAAACGACAUCCAAUCUCUCCUAGAUCCCUCGCCCUCACUACUGACGAGAUUACAAAUGCCAAACUCUUCUGGAUCAAGACCAUACAACGUGCCUUUUUUAAACCCGAGCUUGAUAUUCUCUCAUGA